GUACUUUGUUAUCACAGCUGAGCGUGCAAGUCUUGUGUGAAAUUUGCGAAACCACAGAAACGCAUCAAAUCGAUUGGGGACGAGAAUUUUUGUUUUUCUUCGUGCCAGUUCUAAAUUCCUGUAGAAACUCAUCUAUUUCACGAGCCGAAAUGGCAUCCAAAGUAGUUGCUACUGCAACGGUGCGCGCGGUUAAGAGAAAACUCCUUCCAACGAGAGCAGCCCUUUCCUUGACCCCAGCAGCAGUUGCAAGAGUAAAACAACUUCUUGACGGAAAAUCUGAAUAUAUUGGACUCAAAGUUGGGGUACGACAAAGAGGUUGCAAUGGAUUAAGUUAUACGCUGGAUUAUGCUACUACAAAAGAUAAGUUAGACGAAGAAGUAGUACAAGAUGGUGUCAAAGUAUUGAUUGACAAAAAAGCUCAGCUUUCGCUAUUAGGCACAGAAAUGGACUAUGUAGAAACCAAAUUAGCAGCAGAAUUUGUGUUCAACAAUCCCAACAUUAAAGGCACUUGUGGCUGUGGUGAAUCUUUUAGCAUCUGAAACAAUACUGAUAACAAAAAAUAGAAGAUUUAGUAAACAAAAAAUAAGCAUGUUAGACAUACUUAUUUAAAUAGUAGCAAUUAUUGAUGGUUUUGAAUUUAAUAGUGUACAUAUUGAUGCUAUUUAUAGUUGACGCAGUUGAAGGCCUGCGAAUAGUUUAUUUUAAAAUUCUUGUGCUUCAUUAAGUUGAAAACUAGAAUGAUCGAACAGCGAACUUGAUUGGAUUCUAACAAUCCGUAUGAUAUCCAACUUCACAAUAUAUGCACUGUAUAAAGCUUCGCUAAAUUAUAUUAUCGUAACACUUGCGAAGAUCGUACGGAUUGUAAAAUCGACAAAUCCGGUUCUUAACUUAUUAGACAUAUUCAAUUUUUCACGUGUGUUAAACAGAUUUCCACGGUCUGUAACUGUGGCUUUCAUGUGCCGUAAGAUCAAUCGUUUUGUGUGCUUUGCGACACAUUAACCCCCAGAUUCCUAUUGACUUCUCCAAAUGAAUAAAAGUGUGCGUGAUUCCGCAGUACUGAGUAUUCCUCCAAAAGUUUUUGAGAUAUUUUUACUGCCACAGGAACCACCCAACUUUGUUUCAUAUAUCCUACACAGUAACAUAAGUGUUGGUGAUUUUGUCUUUAGAGAACUCAAUUAGGAAAGACUCCCCUUUAUACCUUAACAAGUCGAAAUAGAUUUUCUUUCCCGAGAUUUCAAACCAUAAAUUGAGUUAUCCAAGCCCAGAAUCACCAACACUAAGUCACUGUGUAGAAUUAAAGUGGGUGGUAAUCAAUUUCCAGUAAAAACAUUACUAACACUUCGGGAAGAGUACAGCGGAAUAACGCACAUUUUUAUUCAUUUGGAGAACUCAAUUAAACGAUUGGUGUUGACUCACCUGCUAAUAACCUCUACCAAGCAUGGAAAACUGUAUGAAUAAAGGCUUUAGUCGUUUCUCAAAGUAUAUGUCACUAUGAAUAAAGAAUGUGUGACGAAAAGGCAUUGUAGACACAACCAAAUUUACAAUUUGUUGAUUUUUAUAAAAAUAAACAAUUCGGCAUGUUUCGUUUA